AUGGACUCAUUUUUACACACUAUUUAGAGUAUAUAAAAUAUACUUGAUGCACAUUCUGAUCAUCACCACAUUAAAAAUGCACUAAAAUGUUUGACUUCCGAUUACAAAUUACAACUCAAAAUUAACUCACUUUUAGUAAAAUUCUAAAUCUCAUUCUUAGUUAUUAAUUCACCUUAUCCAAUAAGAUAAAAUCAAAAAAGCUUUAACUAAAGAUGAAAUGCUUUAUGAUUUCAUAAUCAGAACUUGUAAAGAUGAAUAAAAUUCCCUAAAUUAAAUAUGUUUAGAGUGUGUAAAGUAUUUUGGAACUGUGGCUUAAAUUGAUAAAUAUAGAGAAGCCAUUGAUAUACUUAUGAACUAAGGAAUAGAUUUGCCAAAUAAUUAUCAAUAAGCUUCAUAACUAUUUGAAUUGUAGAGAAAUCCUCAAAAAAGAGAACUUCAAACUUUACAGUUAUAUUAAAAUAUAGUUGAUGAUCAUAAAUUAGACAUUGAAGGACUAAUCAAUAUAGUCUAAUCAAUUUCUAUUAUUGAAGAAAAACAUAUCUGCAGUAAUAAUUCAGUAUUAAUAAGUUUAUAGUGUUUGAUAGUUUCAAAUCUAGUUUUGCAGAAAAGAUUAAGACAAUAGAAGAUUUACUGAAAAAUAAAUAGAGAAUUUUGACUAGUGAUUAAAUGGAAUAAUUACAAAGCAUUUAAUAAUUUGAAGAACAAUUUAUAAAAUAAGUUAAACAGCAAUAAAAUGAUAAGUUUAAGCAUUUCGAUAAAUUUAGAGAAUGGAUAUAAAAAUCCUUAAAUAUUAAAUUGACUAUCGAGGAGUAGAAAGUGGAAUUAGUAUAAUAGAAUUAAUUACAAAAAAAAUCAAUUCCAAUUUUAGUGAUAGAGAAUCAACCUUCUGAGAGAACAGCUUAAAGUGCACUUUAAAGUGUACGAUCAAAUGUUGUUUCUUAACCUCAAAAAAAUCCUUUUGUUGAGGCUGACAAAAUAUUAAGAUAGAAAAUUGAAUUUGAAUUAGAAAAAUUUAAGAGGAUAUAAUUGCCAGAAAAGAAUUAUACAGGUUAAUUGGUUUAAGAACAUUUGAACAUAAUUUGGGAAGAUUAAAAACAAUUAAAAAAAUUAAAAUUAUGUAGUAUAAAAAGUAAGUAAAAGCUAUUUGAUUCUUCUGAAAUAUAGUUGGGAGUAAUAAAGAAAGUUAUCAUAAAGGAGGAAUUGAAUUGCAACUUUUUAGAAUUAACUUUUUAUAUAGGAAAUAAACGGUAGUAGAUAUUAGAGAAUUGCUAAUUGUUAUUUGAAGAACCAAAAGGAUUGUAAUUAUGGUUGCCAUAAAAUAAGAUGGAUAGUUAGAUCUUAGGUCGAAAACAAAGCAAGAUUUCAUGCUUGAUAGCUUAUAAAUAUAGUUUAUUUGAGCCAUUAAGAGGUAAAAAUAAUAAAUAAGAGGUUAAUUUUAAUGGAUAGAAAAUGAUAAAUUAUAUGAAGCAAUGUUUAUAGUGCCAUGUUUAUUGAGUCAAU